GCGCUACGGAAACUGCUGGAAAACAAACCCAGUGGUAGGAUUUUUCUCAUGUCCAUAGGGCUGCCUGGUUACGAGGCUGCAAUUGCUAUCACGGUGUUCGCAACUGGGACUGGAGGUGUCGUUUGUCUGUCUAGCUCGCCGGAGGAGCAAACAGUGGACAAAGGCAAAGGCCGCAUCCCCUCAUGGCUGAGCGGCUCGCUGUACCGGAACGGUGGCGGCAUCUUCAAAAUGGGCGACACCAGGUACAGACACAUGUUUGAUGGCCUGGCUGUCCUUCACCGUUGGUCCAUAACGGAUGGGAAGGUCACGUACCUGUCUUCAAUCCUGGACACUGACAGCUACAAGAAGUGUGUCAAAGCUGAUCGGCUGGUGGGGGACGGGGUCGGGACGUCAUUCCCCGACCCCUGCAGGACCAUAUUCAACAAGUAAACAUUAAUAAAUUCGUUGCCGUGCACCUGGGCACAGCUCACCCCCACUUUGGCCGUGACAAAAGCAUGUACUAUUACGCCACAAGCCCCGCCACCAGCCACAGAGCCUACAACAUCGUGAAAGUUCCUCCACCGGAGAAGGGAGAAGAUCUUUUCUCCAAGGCGAAGAUUGUGGCGUCCAUACCAAGUCGAUGGCAUCUGAAUGUGGGUUAUACCCACAGUUUUGGCAUGAGUGAGAACUACUUUAUCUACUUUGAGCUGCCAGUGGCGACCAAUGUGCCUAGAGUGCUCACAAUGAAGUUAUGGAGUGGAACUAUUGAAGACUGUAUGCUGAAUUUUCCAGAUGAACCAAUCCGUAUCCAUGUAGUCCGACGGGACACAGGAGAACGACUGCCAAUACAGUUCCUAGCACCGCACGGUUUUGUCUUUCAUUUCAUCAACUGUUAUGAAGACUCAGGAUUUCUUAUAUGUGACGUUUGUCUCUUCAACAGUGGCAGUGAGGUCAAACAGAUGUACAUUGACAAUGUCCUAGAGAAGUUGGAGAAAAAAAUUCCAGGAGAUUCACAAUUUGCUCGAUUUGUUCUGCCUCUGAGUUUAGAUAAGGCGAAGGCAGGGGAAAACUUGAUAACUCUUCCUAAUGUCAAGGCCACAGCUGUCCUAAGGCCAGGCACUAAGAACACUGUGGAUGUGACCCAUCAUGUGAUGUUUGAUAAGUCGUACGCUUUUGAGCUACCAAGAAUCAACUAUGAUCGCAAUGCCCUGAACUACAGGUUCGUCUAUGCAAGCACAGUUUUAAGAAAGCACUGCCCACGGCUGUUGAAGUUUGACGUUCAGACGUUGGAAGUGAAAGAGUGGAGAUGUGAGCCAAACCACAUGGCAGGUGAACCUGUCUUUGUGAAGAAUCCUUCUGGUGUGGAGGAAGAUGAUGGUGUGAUACUAUGUCCUGUUCUGGCUGAGACCACGAAUGAAUCCUCCUAUCUCAUUGUGCUCGAUGCUGGAAGCUUCAAGGAGCUAGGGAGAGCUACAGUCCCAGCUCAUCUUAAAAUGAGCCUCACAUUUCAUGGAGACUUUUACAACAGAUAAGUCUGGAAGUUCUGACUGUCGGAGACAUCUCUCCGGACAAAUGUCACAUUCCACGUGGAUCACCUCAAUAGGCUGUCUUAGCCAUCUCAGAAUGAAACAGAUAUGUCAUUCCACCGAGACUUUUACUGCAUGCUGCUGCAGAAAUCAUAUGAUAAACAUUACAUUUAAUAAGCGUUCCUUAGAUAGUGUUUUGAGGGAGAAGUUUAACCAUUUACUGUCAUAUAGACAUCUUAUAAGAUGAAUAUCACAUUCCAAGGACACUUGCUUUACAAUUAUUUAAGAUGGAGACGGGCAGUCUCUAAAUAACAUUAUCUUAUACUCAGUGCACACUGCCAAUUGGUUUCUUUUGAUUAGGUCGGGUUCAGCGGGAUUUUUAUUCAUGGAUGGGGAAAAAGUUACCUUUUUUCACAACAGGAAUUUAACCCAAUUUACCUGUGACCUUCAAAAUAAAAAAAGUUUAUUUUUCAAGGUUGCAAGUCGAUUUGAUCAUAUUGUGCCAAAAUAGUAGCUUUUGCCCCUCGAUGAAGGAUAAUCUGGCGGGCCCUUUGAAUGUACAGAUAUCUGCAUAAGACAAUCACAGACCACAGACCCAUAUUUCAUGAGGUUGUGAUGGUCUUUUUCAAAAUGAAUCAUGUGUUACAUGGUGACUACCAAGGCAGAAAAUACAUAUUUGUUACUUCUGUAUCAAACAGUUGUAGAUACCCAUCAAAACGAACGUCUCCUAUCAGAUAACAGAUAGGAGAGAUAUUUAUUGCUGUUCAAAAUCUCUGUUCUUACCUUAAAGAGUAAAAAUUUAAGACUUGCUUUAAUUAGAUGUAUUAAUGAUGUAUUACUGUUUCCCAUUACCAUUAAUCGUAAACAAUACAAAUCUAAGUAUUGUAAAGGUUCCAAUGAUAUGUAUCAUCAUCAUCAUCAUCAUCAUCAUCAUCAUCAUCAUCAGCAUCAGCAUCAUCAUCAUCAUCAUCAUCA